AUGGGCAAUGCUGCACCUCGUGCACAGCCACAGAGUGUACUCGAUAGUGCGUCUCAAUAUCGAACCUUUCUUAUGGACUAUACACCCCGUUCAAUGGAUAUGAUGUUUGGUAGUUUGAUUGGUGAUGGUAAAUUUCUCAAGAGUAUUUCAUGUAAAUGUGAUGAAGGACAUUUAGUCGUGAAAAUCUAUCGUAAAUAUGAGGAAAGAGAAUCCUUAACAAGUGCUGAAGUCGCCCUCCGUCGUCUUGCAUUGGCAUUUUCACUAGAACAGCAACCAAAUGUGAUGCCAUAUGCUGAUUUUCAAUUAUCCAAUAAAUAUCAUGUGGCUUUUAUGGUACGACAAUAUUUUGCAUCGAAUUUAUACGAUCGAAUCUGUUCGCGGCCAUUUUUAACCAUGGUGGAGAAAAAAUGGAUUGCUUUUCAAAUAUUACGAGCACUUGAACAAAGUCAUGCCAAAGGAAUUUGUCAUGGCGAUAUUAAACAAGAAAAUGUCAUGGUAACAAGUUGGAAUUGGGUCUUUUUGACGGAUUUUGCACCAUUUAAACCAACGUAUAUUCCAGAAGAUGAUCCUGCAGAUUAUAAUUACUACUUUUGUGCCAUUGAUGCUACACGAAGAGGGUGUAGUGUAGCACCGGAGAGAUUCUACGGCAAAGGAUCAGUCGCUAAUAGUACAACAGCUACAGGAUCAACAUGUGGGAAUCUAGGGCAAAAUUCAAUCAAGGCACCUGAUGCAGCAAUGAUGCUGUUUAAAAUGGCGGAUAGUGAAGUUACAGUGGAAGAAGUGGACAAGCAGAUCUUGGCCAUGGGCAUGGGUAGUGGAACCAUGUCAGGCAACUCGAUGCAGACUCCUGCUUCUGCAACAUCUAACAGUAACGCCCCAUCGUCGUACUCGCGAUCGCGUCGUGAAGGCAGUUUACUCGAGUCGAUGGAUAUUUUCUCGGCUGGAUGUGUUAUUGCAGAACUUUUCUUGGGUGGAAAACCUCUUUUUGACCUGCCAUCACUGCUGAAAUACCGCACAGGAGAUUCAGAAAGCUUGCGUCAGCAGCUGAAGAAAGUUGGCGACCCACGUCUUGAAGAGCUGCUACUGCAUAUGUUGCAGUUGGACCCGAAUGCUCGGCUAUCGGCAAGUGGCUACUUGGCCAAGUACACGAGCUCGAAUGGACUGUUUCCGCUGUAUUUUGAUGUUUUCUUGUUCCGAUUCCUAGUGUUGGUUCUUAGUCGUGGUGGAAAAGUGCCUGAUGCACGUAUUCGACUGGUGUGCAAGUAUUACGGACGAUUAGUGCGUGAAGUAGCGGGUGUUGAAGACCAGGAGGGUGAAGAGUUUUUCAAGUUGCGACUUAAAGAAGGUUACGGCUCAGAUCGGUUAGCAACUGCAACAGGUGGUGAUCAACAAACGCAUGUAGCGCAGCGUGUACUUGAGGAGCUGUAUCAGAAAGUUCCGUCAAUGCACGAUAAGCAAAAAGCGGAGCGGGGCAACGCUGUUCUUACCAAGUUGCAAAAGAUGAAGGAAAAAGAGAACGACAUGCGCGGUCUCAGCGCGAGCUUGCAAAAGAAGAAAAUAGAAAAGCUUCAUGACCAAUUUCAGGCGCUUACACAGAAGAAAGAGACAUCGUUAUUGCUCGAUUGUUCGCGCGAGCCGUCGACCUGUCGUUUGGAUGAGGAAACUUGCUUGGCGGAUGCUGAAGGCAAAGAAGAAGUUGAUGUGGAUAUUAACGGCUCUACUGUAUUGAAAUUAAACACAACGACGCCACCUCCACACUCAAGCAGCACGCGACGCACAAAACCGCCAGCACACACAAGUAGUGAGCCGUGGCCGCAUGAUCGUAACGGCAUCGUCAUUAUUUUAUCAUUGAUUUGUUCAAGUCUGCGGCAUGUUCAAGUUUCGGAGUCGAAGCUGACUGCGCUAUAUUUGAUCCGCUCACUGGGUCAGUUUACGAGUGACGAAGCUCGUUUGCAGCGUCUGAUUCCAUACCUGCUCGAGGUUAUUGACGACCCAAGUGCCACCGUGCGCGCUUUAGCUCUUCGCACGAUUACUUACUUGCUAUCACUGGUGGAAUCUUUUCCACUUGCCGAUGCCUCUGUGUUUCCACAGUAUGUGCUACCGGCUAUGGUCCCUUUUCAGUCUGACCCUGACGAAUUGGUGCGUAUUACAUUUGCCGAGUGUUUGCCACAGCUGGCGGAAACAAGCCGUCGAUUUCUGGAGAUCGCGCAUGCUAUGAAGCAGAAGAUGCUGACGUCGUCGGCAUCUACUGUAUCCGUGUCCGCGAUGUCUGCCCGGGGCAAUGACUCAUCUACUUUAAACACGUUGUAUAUGGCGUCCAGUAGUUUUGAUAAGGAGUUGAGUGUUUUGCACAAGAUGAUUUCACGCUUUGUGAUCCAGCUCACAACCCCUGACCAAAAGGCUUCAUCAUCUCUUGUCAAGCGCGCAUUGCUUGUCGACAUUACAAGGCUGUGCGUUUUUUUUGGCCAAGAGCGUACCUUGGACGUAGUAUUGCCACAGCUUAUCACGUUUUUGAAUGAUCCAGAUUGGGAGUUACGCGGAGCAUUUUUCGACUUUAUUGUUGGCGUGUGCUCAUUUGUGGGCCCCGAAGCGGUCGAACAGAACAUUUUACCCUGCAUUGAACAGGCGCUGUUUGAUGUGCAGGAGAUUGUGAUUACUAAGGCGGUGGAGUGCCUAACUGGGUUGUGUCAGCUAGGACUCUUUCAAAAGAAAAUUAGCACUCUUGUGGAAAAGGCUCGAAUGACAUGCUCCUUAUUGCUGCAUCCUAGUUGGUGGAUUCGUGAUGCCGUGCUGAAGCUGAUGGGUGAGAUUGCAUUAAAACUGCGCAGUGUAGACGCUAACGUGUUUUUAAGUCCACUUCUUCGGCCGUUCUUGCGCAAGACAAUGGUGUUUUUGCCUGAUGAAGAGGUUCCUGCUGUUAGAAAGCGACUCAAUGACUGUUGCCGGCUUCAUGUGUCUCGCGAGACCUUUGACCGCGCACUAUUAGUGUCGUCAUCCUCUUCGGGGCUGAAUGAAGUCAUAAGUGAAAUGCAAAGAUUUGUUUCACAAGCAAUUGAAGACAGUGAUGACGACAUGGCCCCACCGACGCCUCUCUCAGCUAUGACGACCACCUCGCGCGAGUCAUUGGAAGAUCCAAUCAGUGAUGUAUUAAAGUCUCGAAAAAACAGGGAUGUUGUGCUGAGCACGGACUCCGUGGAUGCGUAUAGUAUGUCUCGCCAGCAGUUGUCUGGUGCAGCGGUCGCAUCUUCCGCAGCGGUAACUGCAGCGACAAUUUCGAACAGUGUUGAGGACAGCACGUCUUCAAUCUACGAUCAACGCAAAAAUGAGAUUCAGUCACUGAAGCUUAUGCAGCAGUACGUAUCGAUUGCCUCGAUGCAGAUGCGAAGUAAGUUGGAAAUGGCCAAGACUGAGCAAGCCGCGCGUAUGCAAAGACUUUCGAAAAGCGACCGAGCUGGUUCACCUCACGGUUCAGUGAAAAGCGCGUCUGUGGCUAUCGGCGGCAGCGCUGCUGGUACAAGUAGCAACCCAUUCGCGCGAAAGCUCUCGCGCUCACAUCUUCGCGUGCUAUUUGUACCGGAUAUGCGGUUUGCGCUCUCAACAGCACAACCUCUGAAAUCGAACAACUUUGGGAUUCCUUCAUCCUCUUCUGCAGCAGCCAGCAGUACGUCGGCGUCGGGAACGACUUUGUCUACUGCUUUGGUGACAAAAUCUCGCUCUCAUGCAUGUAACAGCUCACCAUCUCAGCGCGGAGGAUCAGCAAUAUCAGCAGUGUCGAAUGGUGUGUCGAUGACAGGAGCUCCUUCUCUGGAGAGUCUGUCCUUGUCGCAUGUAGGCAAAAUGUAUAGUCUCGUUGAGCCGAGCACGCACGUUUCAGCAUCACCUGUCACAAUCACAGGUCCUUCAUCCGUAGUUCCUCCUGGGCCAGUAUCAUCGGCACUCGACGACUCGGGAAUGGGCCAGAUUGACUCGAGCCACUUUGCACCAACUAGCGGUGGAGUUAUGGUGAGCAUGCUUAACAUGAACAUGCGCGAUAUGUAUGGUGGUGAUGGAAUGAACAGUUUGCUGGAUCCGCACCAUCAUCCCGUCCACGCAUCGCCAGUGUCACCUCCCCGGCAAAGGAUGAACAAGAAGGCUCACACAACCUACCAUCACUAUUUUGCUUUUAAAGAGUCGGCCAUGGACCCCGCUCUUGGAAACCCUCGCAAGUUACUAGCGCGGUUGAACGCACUGGGUAUUCCUCCAUUGCCUCCUGAUCUUGGUGCACUGCGGCUGUCUGACGGAUCACCAUACUCGAUUUACAGUCUUGCUUCAAGUCCGUAUUGUUUAUCGGGCAGCGGAAUUGGCAUGAGCAAGGGUACGGCAGGAAAUGGGACACCAGGAUCCGAUAGAGGAGGCACAAGUGCUUCAAAUGUCACAUCAUCGUCGAAUCAGGUUAAUAGUAGCGCGUAUACUCCUAGCGUAGGGACGUUUAACGCUGCGGCUGCUGCCGCCGCAGCGAUCAACGGAGGUGUGGCACCCAGUAGUUUUGGAAGCUCGAACAGUAGUACAACCUCCGGAAGCAACUCGAGUAGUGGAAAUGGUGGUAGCAGCGGUGGCAGCUACCCUAGCUCUUCGUACCGCAACUGGCAGCCGCGCAAAAAUGUUUUAGUGGCAGAAUUGGCGGAGCAUUCGGGGGCCGUAACUCGCGUCAAUGCUGCUCAGGACUACAGCUUUCUUGCAUCCGCUUCGAACGAUGGAACGGUGAAGAUUUGGUCCGUGCGGUCAUUGCAGCAUAGCGUGAAUCAAGGAUCACGCUGUACGUAUGACGGACAGGGUGGAGUAAUUACUGAUAUGAAGGUGCUCACCAACAGUCACUCUGUUGCUUCCGCCUCUAGUGACGGCACAGUUCACGUGUUCCGUGUGGAUAAGGUGAAUUCUGUGGGUGGAAAUGUUCAAGUCAGUGGUCUCAAGGAGCUACGUGCGAACAAUAGUGCUGUCAUGGCAAUCGACUACCUGAACAACGUCACAGAGGCUCUGCUGCUUUAUGCCACUCGGGAUGGCAAAAUUCACGCAUGGGAUUUACGUAUGCGGCAGGAAGCCUGGACUCUCAGCAUUUCUCCCGAGCUUGGUUACGUGACGUGCAUAACACACUCACUUGACGUGAGCUGGUUAGCUGUUGGUACAAGUAGAGGCUUUUUGUGCUUGUGGGAUCUGCGCUUUUUAGUGCUAAUCCGUAUCUGGCGCCAUUCAUCCCACCGCGCCAUUCAUCGACUUCAGCCCUGUUUGGGACUACCAAAUACAUUGCCGUUAGAUGAGACGUCUGUACCAUUGGUGUUUGUGGCAGCAGGUGAUGGAGAAGUUGCUGUGUUUGACCUCAGUAUUGGCGCGUGUCGGGCAGUGUUCAGGACGCUUGAGGUACAGGCGUCUGAGGUUGAGGCUUCCAAAUGUCCGACGCUUCUACACGUGGCGAUUCCACAUCGCAGCCGAAGUGUGUUGGGAAGCUUCUUGGGCAUCUAUGGCAUUGCAACGGCUUUUGACGAGAUUUCAACUUCGCCACUCAGCGAGGAGCCUAGUGUUCGUGCGAUGCUAUGUCCGUCACUACACCUUCGUGGCAUUGGCGAUGCGCUAAUCACGGGCGGCGAAGACCGACAAUUGCGCUACUGGGAUAUUCGCAAUGGCAAACAAUCGUACACAAUUUGUGGUAAUGGAGAAGCCAAAUCAUUUUACGACAACCAAGCACCUCCUCACGACUGGUGGCGCAUGCCCGACUCUGCUUCGCGGCGUUUUAAUGACACUCCAGCAGCACCUUUCUCGACCACAAACAACAUUACGAAGCCUGAGAUGGCUUGGAGCAAGUUAAAUCCACCACUGAUUACGGUUUGCCAGGACUCGUCUGUCUAUUCGACUCCAGCAUCAGGUGCUGGUGGUGUAGAGACUGCUAUCAGCAUGGAACGGAGAGGGCUUGUCCCUCCAUCCCCGGCACACACGGACUGCAUCCUGGACCUAACGCUUGUUGAGCUAGGGAAUAGCCAAAACCCGAGCCCCAUGCUCGUCUCUAGUGGCCGGGAUGCGCUUAUCAAGGUGUGGAAAUAA